UCGCAGCAGUAGGAGGAGAGAGGGAUCGGAGCGCGAGGUCCGCUGCCCGCUCUGCCCUGCUCUGUUCAAGAACUCGCCGGUUCUCGGCCCUUUGAACGGAGCUGGAACAGCAAGAAGUCCCCAUGGCGACCAGGCAUAACCAGCACGCGGCUGCCGCUCCGCAGCCGACCACCAGAGGUGCCGCAGUACCGGCAGGGAAGCAGAAGGACGCCGGCGGCCGCCCCGGUGCGGGAGGGAACAGGCGGGUGCUCGGGGACAUCGGCAACGUCGUCCACGCCCACGUCCUCGACGGCAAGAUCCAGCUGCCGGCGGGGAUAAAUCGCCCAAUCACCAGGAGCUUCGGUGCUCAGCUCUUGCAGAAGGCCCAGGCCGAUCCAUCUAAGAACGGCGUAGCUGUUCCUCCAGCAGCGCGGGCCGGCCUGAAGCCGGUGGCCAAGAAGGUCCCUGUCAAGCUCAAGCCCGCCGCCCCUCGCCCUGAGCCGGCCGCCAAGAUCGUCACCGGCUCCGGCGAAAACAGGAAGCCAUCAGAGGUCGCCGCCGUUUGCUCUGCCCCCAGGAAGAAGGUCGUCCACACCCUCACGACCGUGCUCAGCCAUCGGUCCAAGGAGGCCUCAAUCGAUGACAUCGACAAGCUCGACGGCGACAACGAGCUCGCCGUCGUCGACUACAUCGACGACAUCUACAGAUACUACAAGGAGGCACAGCACGAGUGCCGGCCGAUAGAUUACAUGGGCAGCCAGCCCGAGAUCAACCCCAAGAUGAGGGCAAUCCUGAUAGACUGGCUAGUGGAAGUGACCCAUAAGUUCGAGCUCAUGCCCGAGAGCAUGUACUUGACAAUGUACGUCAUCGACAGGUUCCUCUCCUUACAGGCGGUGCCUCGGCGGGAGCUGCAGCUCGUCGGCAUGGCGGCCAUGCUCAUCUCCUGCAAGUACGAGGAGAUCUGGGCGCCCGAGGUAGACGAUUUCAUAUCCAUAGCCGACUACUCGUACUCGAGGCAGCAGAUCCUGUCCAUGGAGAAGAAUAUCCUGAACAGCAUGGCGUGGAACCUCACCGUGCCCACCCCGUACGUCUUCCUGGUGCGGUUCGCCAAGGCCGCCGGGAGCGACAAGGAGCUUGAGCAUAUGAUCUUCUUCUUCGCCGAGAUGGCGCUCAUGGAGUACGGGCUGGUCACGGUGCGCCCCUCGCUCGUGGCGGCGUCUGCCGUGUACGCCGCCCGGUGCACGCUGAAAAGAAGCCCCGUCUGGACAGAAACCCUGAAGCACCAUACGGGAUUCGCUGAACCGCAGCUCCUGGAGCCUGCCAAGAUGCUGGUCAUGGCGCACGCGGCUGCUCCGGAGAGCAAGCUCAAGGCCAUCUACAAGAAGUACUCGUGUGAGCAGUACGGGCGCGUGUCUCUGCGCCCUCCGGCAGUUGCUGCUCCUCAGCGCCUGGCCUAGUCUGCUUUAGGAUUUGCUGCUCGGCUUUCGAUCUUGAAAGCUUGGUUGCUUACUGUUACUGUCUGUGUUCUGCUACUAUCUGAUAUGAUACACCAGGGUGUAAACAACAACUAUAUUCAUUCAUAUGUUUGAAUCGUCUUCAUUCAAAGUAAUGCUUUAGCGA